AGCGGGGCGACCGCUCUAAGCUGUGAGCGCUCAUUUCUCUCCUCAACCUGCGCGCCUUUUACUGUUGGCAUAAAAACUUUGAAGAGGUGAGAGCCGAAACGUCAAACGCCGACAAAUCACCGUCGACAGCGCGCAUCAACAGAGAAAAAAGGGGGGAAAGAAAAUAAGCAGCAAGUCCGAGAAAAAGCGGUGGAGCCGGGAGAAAGAGGGAGCUAUGCCAUCUCCCGCCGAGCAGAGCCCAGUCCUCCUCUGUUGUGUGUCGGAGCUGCAGCAUGGUGUCUCUCUCUGGACUCUGGACCUACUGCCUCGCCCCCGGGAGACCUCAUCUCCUCUUCCUCUCCGCCAGACCGCUCCUGCUGCUGCUUUUAUUAGCCGUUUUCUCCUCCCCCGAGUCCUGUUUCCCGCACCCUCAGACUUGCCACAUUCUCGCCCGGAUAGGACACACCGUGCGCCUCGGUGCGCUCUUGCCGACCCGCCAGCCGGCACGGAUACAAAACGCGCUCAACCGCGCCCUGGCUAGCCUCCGGCACCAGGGUGGAGGGGCAGACUCCUCCACGACUGCCUCCCAAACACCCCCUCUGCUGCCCUACAACCUGAGCCUGGAGAUGGUGGCUCGAUCGCCCGCGGGAGGCGACCCGGAGUCGUUGUCCCAUAGCACCUGCCAGGACCUGGUGGUCAGGGGGGUGUCCGCCGUGCUCGCCUUCCCCCGCUCCAGAGAGGAGCUCAUCCAGGUGGAGUUCCUCUCCUCUUUCUUGGAGAUCCCCUUCAUCUCCAUCCUGGAGGACACAGAACCUCUUGUGACUAAGAACCAAUUCCACCUGAUGAUGUCGGCCCGUGUGCCUCCAUCAACCCUGGGCAGCCUGCUGCUGACGGUCCUGCAGGGGAGAGAAGGGGACAGGGACCGAGGAAGCCGGGGGGAGAGCAGCUGGGGAGGAGCCGCUGUGGUCUGCCCGGGGUGGGAGGAAGGGGGUGAAGGUUUGCUGUCUCACCUGCAGACACACAGCGGUUCUAACUGGCAUUUGUGGGACAUCAUCAACCUGACCCUCAUCUCUGGAGGUGAGGAUAGAAGGGUGGAGACCAGGGAGGAGAAGAAGGAGGAUCAGAGGGAAGAGGAGGCUUUGAAGAUCCUCUCCAGCCGUUUCCUGCGCUCCCCCUCUCCUAUCUCCUCCGUCCUCCUGCUGGGAUCUGACCCUGAGUGUCUCUCCUCCGUCCUGCGGGCUGCUCAGCGCCUUGCUCCAUCACUACCAGCACUGCAGUGGAUCAUGGGAUAUCCUUUGUCUCCAGAUUCGCUCCACACUCUAGGAGGUCCCCUUGGACUGUUAGCCUAUGGGGAGGUGGGCCGCAAGCCAAUCAGCUUCUACAUCCGGGAUGCUCUGCAGUUGAUUGGCCGUGCGGUCACUGCGGCGACCAUGGUGAGGCCGGACCUGGCGCUGAUUCAGAACGUGGUGAACUGUUACGACAAACCAAACCAACAAGAGCUGCCCUCUUCAGGACAAUAUCUGGCCAGGUUUCUAUCCAACACUUCCUUUACUGGGGCCACGGGCCUGAUCCAGGUGGAUGCUGGACUCUCUCGUGUCCUCUCCUCCCAGCUGUUCCACGUGUGGAGCCUGAAGAGGGGCGCUCUUGGCCAGCCGGCCUGGGUGACCGUAGGCCAGUGGACCCGAGGCAGGCUAGAGCUAGAAAGGGGGAUCUUGGGACUGGUGGGAGGGUUCGGGAGCAGCCAGGGCAAAGGUCUUGGAGCUGGGGUGAGGGGAGGAGACGGCCAAGGGGACAGUAACGCUGGAGGACGCUGGAGACCUGGAGAAUCCGUUGAGGGACACCGCCUGAGGGUGGUGACACUGGUGGAACACCCGUUUGUCUUCACACGGGAGGUGGAUGAGGACGGAUUGUGUCCAGCUGGUCAGCUCUGUCUGGACCCCAGAACCAACCGGUCCGAUAUAAUCCAGAGCCACUUCAACCAGCUGCACAACACUAACACUACAAUUGCAGACUGGGAGGGGAAUGACCUACCGGAGGACCUGAGAAAGUGCUGCUACGGGUACUGCAUCGACUUGUUGGAGAAACUGGCAGAGGACAUGGGUUUCACCUUUGACCUUUAUAUUGUGGGAGACGGGAAGUACGGAGCAUUGAGCGGGACGGGACGCUGGACGGGGCUGGUCGGGGACCUGCUGAGUGGAACCGCAGACAUGGCCGUCAGCUCUUUCUCCAUCAACUCUGCCAGGAGCAGAGUCAUCGACUUCACCUCCCCCUUCUACUCCACCAGCCUGGGCAUUCUGGUUCGUAGCCGGGACACUGCAGCCCCAAUCGGAGCCUUCAUGUGGCCUCUCCACUGGUCCAUGUGGGUGGGUAUUUUUGUCACGCUGCAUCUCACCGCGCUCUUCCUCACCUUGUACGAGUGGAACAGCCCCUUCGGCAUGACACCACAUGGCAGGAACAGGCUGCGCGUGUUCUCCUACUCCUCCGCCCUCAAUCUCUGCUACGCCAUACUGUUUGGACGUACUGUCGCCACCAAGACUCCUAAAUGCUGGACCGGGCGUUUCCUGAUGAACCUUUGGGCCAUCUUCUGCCUACUGGUGCUGUCCAGCUACACUGCCAACCUAGCUGCGGUCAUGGUCGGGGAGAAGACCUUCGAGCAGGUGUCAGGGAUUCAUGACGACAAGCUGCACCAUCCGUCCCUGGGCUUCCGCUUCGGGACUGUGAGGGAGAGCAGCGCUGAGGAUUACAUGAAGAAGAGCUUUCCGGAGAUGCACGACUACAUGAGACGCUUCAACCAGCCCACCACCCCAGAAGGCGUACAUAUGUUGAAGACAGAUCCUCCUGCCCUGGAUGCGUUCAUCAUGGACAAAGCCCUGUUGGACUUUGAGGUCUCUAUCGACGCCGAGUGCAAACUGCUAACUGUGGGGAAGCCUUUCGCGAUUGAAGGCUACGGUAUCGGCCUGCCCCAGGGCUCUCCUUUAACCCGUAAUGUGUCAGAGUUUGUGAGUCGCUACAAGUCUGACGGCUUCAUGGACAUGCUACAUGACAAAUGGUAUAAGGUGGUACCCUGCGGGAAGCGAGUCUUUGCCGUCACUGAGACUCUACAGAUGGGGAUCCAGCACUUUUCAGGCCUGUUUGUGCUGCUGUGUAUGGGCGUGUGUGGAGCCUUGCUGACCUUGGCAGGUGAACACACCUUCUAUCACCUGGUCAUCCCCCACCUCCGACGCAAACACACUCUGCAGUACUGGCUGCACACCAGCCAGAAGAUUCACAGAGCCCUCCACACCACAUACGAGGAUGUUGGGAAGGAGCUGACCGACCUUGACCAAAACCCCUCCUCUUGUAUCUCAGAGAACUGCACCCUACACAGGAAGCAUCAUCAGCCUUCUCCCCCAUCUCCUCCCACAUCCCUCCCUGCUUCCACCACAGCUGGAGACACCUGCAACUCCUCGCCAACCAAUGAGCCCAAGGAGAAACGUGUGCACUUUGACCUGGAAACCCUGCACAGCUACCGCCUGCGCACACACACCGCCUCAGUGCGCGGCAGGCCCGGGAUGGUCGGCCGUCCUGGGCUCGGCUUAGGAGGGUGGGGGAUGGGCACCCUGGGAGGUUUUACAUCCCCUCCGCAGAUUAGCCUCCAUGCCAACGGGGGGCCUGUCUCUUCACUGGCUUCCACGGGCUUGGUGCUCUCUCCCCUGGGGAGCAGGGCUGCUCAGACGAGCCUGUGGGAGGGGGAGCUCCAGGACCUGCAGGGGAAGAUCGAGACGUUCCGCACUCAGCUGAGAGACGCUCUGGCCAGGAGAGCAGAGAUCCAGAGCAGCCUGGAGAGAGAGAGGAGCGGACUUGUACGCAGGGAUACCAGUCUGGAGAGGGAAAGGGACAGACAGAGGAUACAAACUAUUAACACAGACAGAAGUAGCUCCACUCAGCCCAAACUCCCUGAGAGAGACAGGACCAGCCAAUUGCAAACCCUGAAUAAUCAACAGACAGGGAGGGCUAACCAAUCAGGCGGUCCUGUCCCUCUGGAGCCCGAGAGAAGCAGCCAAUUAAACACAGUUAACAGUUUGGACAGAGGGAGAGCCAACCAGAUACGCGCUGUUAAUACUUUGACGGGAGAAAGGACUGUCCAAUCACGUACUUCCACCAGUUUGGAGCGAAGUCGAGUCAACCAACCAGGUGCUGGAAACAUAGCUGUCCAAUCACGGAACACUUCUAGCCUGGACAGACAGAUGGUGAACCUAUCACGCACUCUGAGCGCUUUGGAGAGGACAAAAGCCAACCAAUCGAGCGUAAGCAGCGGGACUUGAUUUUCUUUCUGAAGCCGCUGGUGUGUCGUAGUGCAGUUGGUACUUGCAAAGCCGUGGGAAGAUGGCUUUGUUGGAAUGGGUCAAGUUUAGGGGAUCCUUGCAGAAAAUGACAGCAUAUGUUAGCUCACACCAUUACUUACUGAAACCUAAUAUUUUCACCGUCCACACUCGCUUAAAAUUACAACUAAAACACUUUAACUGCAAUCAAAGAACUAGUAACAAAUCUACAUUGUCCAUGAAAUCAUAAACAGGCAAUGCAAUCUAGUGGAAUGAAAGCCAAUAUAAUUUCAGCAAAAUCUCAGUAUACUUUCAGAAGAACCGGAUCAGAAAAACUGGGAUUAGCCGCCGACUACAUGGGUAAUCUGGCUCUGCUAAAUCCACUGAGGACCCAGUGGGAGAAACCAAUCAACAGCUGAAUACAAAUAUGGCCCAUUACACUGGUUAAAGAGGCCGACAAGCACAAGAGCAUAGAAACAUCUAAAUUAACCCAAUCUAGAAAGAAGAAAACACAAACGAAACUAUUUGUUGACCCAGAUGUUGAAUGUGCAUUUUCAGAGAGUGAGUAGCAGGAGAUGAAGAAUAUAUUUCAAGUAAUUCAAGUAAUAAUUUCCCAAAAAUGUGAACGAUAAAGGAAGAAACUGUGAAGAAAGAGUGGAACAGCCCUAAAUAAUGCAUCUAAAAUACCUUGUAUACCCGCCAUCAAAACUACAACACUAUUUCAAAAAACAGAUAUUUUUAUAGCUAAAUCUCACCCUCGUAAAAUGCGUCAAAACUAAAAAGGUUGUUUUGCAAACUGAGCCGUCACCAAUCAGACACUUUGAGAUGGUAAUUUUCCUCUGUGAUUUCAUGGGCCCUGGAUAAAACAGGAUACUAAGGCAGGACAAUGCACAAUAAUGGAGAACGGUCUGUUCUACCGUCUGCGUUUGAAUGGAUUCAUACCAUUUAGAUCCAAAUACACACCUUAAACGCACUUUAUGGGUUUAGUAAAUCAAGGUAACAUGUCAUUUAAAUAGUUUUGUCCACAUUGUUGCCUUGUGUUGUUAUGGGUAAAACAUAGGUCAACAAAUGCCUCUUCACAUACAGUAUCUCGCAAAGGGUAACUGCUGUGUUACGUAUAGUAUUAACUAGUAAUGAGGGGUAUAACUCAGCUUGUGAAAACAGUAGUUCUGUAGCCUUCUGUGUCUCUGAAAUGAGCUUUAAGUCUGAGAAAAUGACCUCUGAUGACAAAUAAUCAUUUGGAGAACACACCUUUUUAAGAACUUUAAGUAUAAAGGUCGUGAGGUAAAUUGGGUUUCGCCUCCUCCACAUCAAGUGUAAUAAAAAGACGCUAUUGGGAAAUGUAGGAUCCAGCGUUUUUGACCCAUCUUAUAAUAAAUGUCAAGUCUCUUGUUAGUCCAACAACUUCAUGGAAGGAGAAUACUAAAUCACUGCCGUACCCCUUUAAUUAAAAUCCCAGCCCUUUCUUGUAUAGGGAGUUUUUUCUGGGUAGAAAAACGCGGCUGACCCAACUUAAUACUUGCUGGACUACAUUAACAUUUAAUGUGUCCAUCAGUAGCUGCAGCAGCAGGGGUCAGGGUUGCAAGGGUUAUUCGGGUGUCAGUGUUUCCAUUUUCCAAAGUGCUGUAGCUGACAUACUUUCAAAGAUGGUGGCUCUUUAUAUAUCUCCUUGGUAAUAACUUAACAAUCCGACGUUGUGUUCACAUGGAGCAAUUUUAAGCUACGGAAUAAAAUUACAAUCUCAAAGUAAUUACACUGAACCUUUUAAAUCAUCAAUCCAAAUCCCCCAAACAGCUCAAGACAGUUGCAUAUCUGUAUUAAGUGUCGUCAAUUUGGAAUUGAUUUGUUCAUCCUAUUCAUUACUGAAGGAACUUAUCCUGAGGCCAAUUUUACGCUCAGUCAGUGACUGUUUUGCGCAUGAAUUCACACUAAUAACAAUUGACUAGCUCCCUGCAGAUCUGAGUGAGACAUCCUGUGUUUUUUGUUUCUUUUUAUCAUUAUUAAUCAUUCAAAUAGAUGUACACUGUUUCCGCAUAAUAGUUUUUGCUUUCCUACUAAAACAAAGUGAAGUUUCAUGUCAAUGAUGAAGAGAGAAGGCUCUUCAGAGAUUGGACUCUGUCAGUUAUUCAGUCAACCACCAGGGGGCGCUGCAUCCCUGCUUCCCGCGGCUAUGGACAAUGGAGAGUUUAUGGAUUGAGGUUUAUUCCAACAAAACCACUUAAAUAAGAUGAAAAAGGUGCAUUUUGUGCUGUUUUUCCUCAUGCAACGGCAGAGGACCAUGGGAAAUAAGGCCUUUAUGAAAUCACUCCAGCACUAUACAACUAUAAUAUUGUGAUGCUCAAUCUUGUGCGAGAACACUUUUAAACAAUGUGUUGGGGAUUUCACUGGCCCACAGGUCUGAGACACAGACGCUGAUAUUAGUGAAGCAGAACUUUUAUGAUGGUACUGAUGUACAUUUAAACGUUUCAAACUUUGCUGUGGUGUGAAGUGGUUGUGUUCACAUGCCAUGGUGUCUAUGAGGAAAAAUAUAUAUAUUUUAAGUCUUUAAAAGAGAAAGAGCUUGUGGUACUUGAUAUUUAAACAAAUACUUUUAAAUUAACCCCUUAUAAAAAAAAAUUGUAUCAGCAUAUUAUUGAAUUUUAUCAUAAUGAUCAUUCUCAUGUUUUGAAAUAAAACAUU